AACGUAAUAUUUAUUAAUCAAGAGUUGGCUGCCCGCCAGCUGGCAGUGUGGGAGGAAUAGACAGACGCACUGUGUUCUUCGAAGGAAACCUCAAUGGCUGAUUAUUGGAUAAGUAGUAAACAAUGAAUAAAUCGUUUAAUCAUAACUAAAAUCUUGAUGAAAAGCUUUCACAACGGAAAAAAGUUAAGCAUUAGUAUGUGACGUUGAAGUUAUUAUGCAAUUGCAUACAGAAAAACAAAGAAACCGAACAACUACAAUAACCUUUUAGAUGCUUAUGGUUACAGUUGCAUAUAGCGCUGGCAGAUGGGAGUAGUAGAAUUCCCCUCAAGAUACGAACGAAUCAUUUUAUACAUCCACAUAAUGAAGGAAUAUGAGAAAGGCAAAAAGGUUUUGAAAUGUAUAAAAUAACACACAUAGACAGAGAAAAAAUACACAGAGCAAUCUUAUUACAGCAAGACGUUUUGAAAAGCAAAGUUUCAAACUAGCAUAUAGGUUUUAAGAGAAAAUGUACUGAUUUGUUAGGAUUAAAUCAUAUGAUAAUUCUUAAUUUUACGUUUUCAUCGAUUUUCCUUUCGUAGUCAAAACUAUAUGCAGGUUCAUGUUUUCAAUAACUGACAUUUUUUUUACCUGUUUGAGGUUGUGUAGAUUAAUUGAUUUCCUUCUCUUGAAAAUGCUAUGUGAACUCAGGCAAUAUGUUUUUACAUCUUCAAUACUCGUCCUCAUCGAUAGGCACAGACAAACACUAAAACAGACAGGUUACGCCUUCUUUCUGCUCUUGAAAUGGCAUUCGUUUAUUGUUAUUUUCUUUUAUUUUGGGAAUUACAAUAAAAAUGUGUAUGUAAAUAGAUAACUAUUUCUAGUAUAAGCUCUUAGGAAGGUUUUUCAAAAUCGCAAUAGAAUACAAGGUAAAUUGUGGAACCAGUUUGAUGUGCAGACCGCUGGCAUAAAAACAAUCAUUCAAAUGAAACUAUUUUAAUUCGUUUCGUUGUAUCAUAAUUUACAGUUAAAUUGUAACGAUAAGAUAUUCCUGUGAUUAUUACAUACAAAGAAUGAGGAAAAAUGUUGGGAAACAUCAAUUCAUCCAGAACGGAUACAUUAUUUGAACAAAAAAAAACAAUAUUAAACCACAAACAGUGUUUGUUGCGUUUUGCACGUAUAUUCCGAUCCUUGCAUUAAAGGUGUCUGCUUAGUUUGAUUGUACAGAUUUCUUGAAAACGAACACCAAUAGGAUUUGUGAGAUAGUUUAGCAAACAAAUGAUAAGUCUUUUUUUAGAGCGUUUUUCCUAUGUACUAUUACAACAAAUGAAUCUGUUUUUAGAAUGAUGUGCACUGAGACUACACAGACAAUUUUGAUGUAAACGUCUUCACCUGGUUUUACUAACGAUUUAUUUUCGGAAGAUUUAGCAAAGCUCAGUGACUACCAAGAGAAAGGCAAGGUUAAAUGGUGCAAAACUAACGUGUGCAGGAUAUACACAUGCUAUCAAGGUAGUCGAUUGAAAAUGCCUAUUGUUUACUUCAUUGUCGUCAGUCAGUUCCUCAAGAGUAGAAAAGAAAGAAAAAAUAGUAAGAUAAAAUCAAAUGCAAAUUAGAAAACAAAAACAAACUAUACAACUGUACAAUUGCGAAAUGUGCUGUUAAAUUUGGAUGUAAGUAAUAGGUAGCAUGUUUUAGAAAUUCGGUCAACACCCAGUGUAAAUGAACAAAGCUGUAAUAGGUACCACAACAUCAAACUAUUUAGUUCUAUUCUGGACAAAAACGUGCAGCUUCUUGUGCUAGUUUCCUUACAUUUUUCAUUUCCAAUAUAACUGGAUUGGAUUUAUCAAUACGUUUUCUGUAAUAAUUUAUUUCACAUGUAUUGUUGGUAUAUAUCAUCAAUGAAAGUUAUGACAAAUACAUUGACGCGAAAUAAUAACGAUAUCAUAUUUCCCGUAAUGCCAUUUUCCGGAGUGUAUUGUUCCCAAAGAGCUGUCAUAAAGGUCUAAUUGCGUUUCGGGAAAUGUAAUACCAUCUAAUAAUUCCUAUAAUGCGUGGGUAGAUUACUGCCGCCACCCGCAUAACAGUCCCAUCUUUGCUGGGUUUCCUAGUCAUAUAGGACUGAUUUUCGAGUGCGGACAGAUUACCUGAUGUGCAUUGCAAACUAUGCAGAACCAAGUUCAAUCGAUCAAAAAUUAUUCAACUGCCUUUGAUUUAGCUGAAUUCGGUUUACUAAUUGUGUUAUCUAAGGUGAAAUAUGAUCUCAUCCGUUACGUAUAGAGCGAUUGUGCUUUCCUUUAAUCUCUCUUUUAUCAUUUGCACCCAUUUCGACUCGGCCUAAAUUCAGAAUUUCGUACACGACUUCGCAGCGGCAUUUCACAGCAUAAUAUGCCACGAAAAAUGUAUGCAUGAUUUGAAAAUAGGGUGACUUUGGGUAUUAUCGGUAGGUUUGAUCUCUUCGCAUGAGGGGUUUUUGUCGGCCAAAUUGCUUGAAACUUGGUCGUAUAAUUCAGCUCGGAUGGAAAAGAUUUGAGAGCAACUUUGAGUUCAAUAUAUUUCAAAACGCCCCCCACGACGAAGAGAACAAGAACAAAACGGCCAAAAAUACGUAAGUUCCCCUUUUUGGAGUUAGAGUACAAAUGGUAGGCGUUAUCAAAAACAAAUAUUUCAAGUCAUUGUUGCAGGGUCGUAUAGCCGAAGCAGGAAAUGUACGGGUAUUCAGCAAGACCGUGCUGAGGGGGACUGGUUAGAUUCCCGGUCGAUUCAAGAACUUUUCGUAACGACAAUUUUCUAGACUUGGGCUGAUUCUAUGAAUGAUUCGAGCUGCGUCACACCAAGCCAUUCGUAGAAUGAGCACAACUUUAUUCGUUCAUGCCACACGUUUUUUUUCCCUUGUUGGGUAUAUAAGUCACUGCGACUAGUUUUUAGAUCUAUUGUGACAAUGUCACACGGUAAAUACAUGUAAACAGCCAUUGACACAGGAUGUUCUCAGUUAACAACUUUGGACUUACUCAGCUAUUGAAAUGUCGUAAAUUUUAAGAAAUCUAAAAAAACUAAUUUCAAAGAAUGAAAAAUUGUUUGAUUACUAGGGGAACUUUCGUAUUUUCGGCAGUAUUGUUCUCUUCGUUUUUUAUGAAACCUUUAGGUCUCAGAGUUGGGCACAAAUCCUUCCCAACCAAGCUGAGUUAUAUGCCUAAAUUUCAAACAAUUUGGCCCACAAAUACCCCCCAUGACGAAGAAAACAAACCUGCCGAUAAUAUCCUUGGUCAUCCUAUAUACUUUUGCGUACCCUUGAUAAACCUAAGAUGGGCUGUACUUCUGAACUCUUGUGAUCCUAGAGAUAAGUUUUUCAAUGAGUUAUGCGACCUCAAGCUGGGAAACCAUUAGGAACGAAAAAAAAACAAGUAGCAAAGAAAAUAAGGAAUAAUAUUAUCAUUAUUCAGUCAGCAGUUUUUUAUAAAGCUGCAUUCAGGUAACUGACAUCUUAGAAAAACAACGAGAACCGAUGAAAGCAACGUUCUCGUCUAAGGUACACCGGGGCAAGUUGAAACGGGUGGGGCAAGAUGAAACACGAAGUUUCGAAAUAGAUUUCAAUACAAUUUGAAAAUUUAUCCUUCGCUAAAAGAUUGUUUGAAUCAAAAACUAUGUGUUAUGGCGAUCAAACUGUUUAUCAUCAUUAGAAAACAUCAUGUUAACUCGCUGUUUCAUCUUGCCCCACCCGUUUCAACUUGCCCCGGUGUACCUUAUUUAUUAUUUCACCACAUUUGGCAAAAUAUCGUUUGGCAUAAUAUAAUUUAGCAUAACGCCACUUGGUAUUAUGACCUGAAAAGAAGUGUGAAGUAAAAAAAAAAACUGUUGAUCCAAUAUAUUAUGCAUUGCAAGAAAAAAUAUCGUGCGAAGUAGUACAAAUACGUUAACCCCUUCCCGCUCACGACUUAUUUUAAACUUUUGUAUGCUAAAAAAUGCUAUGAACAAAAAGUGCUCGAACAAAAGUUAUUAGGGAUCACUUAAAUUUAUCGAAAUCGUAAAAAAAAAGUUUUUAAAUGUUUAUGAAUAGUCAUUGAUUGUUUAUCAAUAGUUUCACUAUUGAACCAAUAAUUAGAGUGUACAAAUACUCUAAUAAGCUUAUAACUUCUUCCCAAACGCUUUUAUAACAUAUUGAAGUGAACUGGUUUAGGUCGGAUUCGCCAAAAAGUGAUGGUGCUCUACAGACACCAUGAGCGUUGAAGGGUUAAUAGAUAUGCGCAGUUGCAUUUAAUUGUUUUGUUGUCUUCUGUGCGGUCAAUCUGAUUUCCGCACUUAAUGUAGAAGACACCAACUGUCGACAAUCUUUGAGCGAUUUUGAACAUUUUUGCGCGAUAAUCUACGGCGAAACGUGCAAUAAAUAUGUGCGGAAUUCACCGCGCAGAAGACACCGAAACAAUUAAACCGCACAUAUCUAUUAGCAUUUUUGUACAACUUUGCGCGAUAUAUUUUCUUGCAAUGCAUAAUAUCAAAUCAAACUGUCAUCAUCUCCUAUCUAAACGAGAUCGACGGUCCAAUUACCAACAUAAAUAUAUCGCAUUUAGUUCACAACAGGACUAUCACAGAUGUUUUCACAAGUGCGAAAACGCAAAUAAAAGUGCGCGAUUGCACCAAAUCAACUUGAUACCUUCAGAGCACUUAUUCAACGUAGUUUGAAGAAAUAGUGCGCUGAAUACACCAACGUGAUUUGUUGCAAUCGCGCACUUUUAUUCAGGUUAUCGCACUUAUGCAAACAAAGUGCGCAGUGGUGAACUAAAUGCGCUGUAUGAAGUCAUAUACACAGACUAAAAUCGCAGCAUUAUACAGAUGUAUUUUUAAUUUUUGUUUUGUAGUAAGCAUAAUGCUAUUUCCUUUAAGAUAAACUCAUUUGACAUAAACCAAGUACAAGAAACUAUUUGUGAAUAAUGGCCAAAGCAAAUUUUCUAGUAGUGUUUACAGUACAGCAUGCAUUUUGCAAAAAAGCCAAACGUCAACCAGUGAAAAAUCACGAGACGAAGGUGUACAACGCGUGCUUCGGAUUGAUCAUAUUCCACCUCAGAAAUCACAGUAAAGAACGACAUAUUUUUACCAAGACCUUCAGGAAAAUGAGCAUUUUUAGAAAAAGCAACAUUGCUGGUAUAUUUUUCUGAUAACAAAAUCAGACGAUGGUUUUUGAUAGUUUACACCCGCGCUUUCAAUUUUUCGAAUCAAUGUUAAGAUGGUUUUGGAAAACCUGUGUUAUGUAAAUACAAAUGAAAUAUACAUAUAAACCAAUUUAUUUGACUAAA